AUGUUGGCUGCGCGUGCCUUGUUAUGGUGCCUGUGCUUCGGGGCGCUCGGUGCGGCGGGUGCCGUGCGGCCGCACCGCGUGCACCACGUCGUGCCCGCUCGGCACAAGCACUCCGAGUUCGUCAAAGGAAAGAUAUGCAUCGGAACAAACGGGCGAAUGUCGGUUCCGUCGAACCGUGACACCCACUACCGAAACCUUCGAGAUCGCUUCACCAACUGCACUUACGUUGACGGUAAUCUGGAGCUGACGUGGUUGCAUAAUGAGACGAUGGAUUUGUCCUUCCUGAAGCAUAUAAGGGAAGUGACCGGCUAUGUUCUUAUUUCACAUGUAAACGUUCGGCAAAUCAUAUUACCCCAAUUGCAAAUAAUCCGCGGGCGGACCUUAUUCAAGCUUAACGUCAGGGAUGAAGAGUUUGCGCUUAUGGUUACUAUGUCUUCGGCGUUCACUCUGGAGUUGCCAGCGCUGCGAGAUGUACUAAGAGGUAGUGUCGGGAUAUACAACAAUUUCAAUCUCUGCCACGUGAAGACGAUAAACUGGGAUGAGAUCAUUACGGGAGUGAACGCAACCCCACAAUGCGCCCAGGGCCGUUGCUUCGGGCCCAAUCCGCGGGACUGCUGCAACACGUUCUGCGCCGGGGGUUGCACAGGCCCUCUGCCGAGCCAGUGUCUAGCGUGCCGGAACUUUUACGACGAAGGCACCUGCUCGCAAGAAUGCCCACCGAUGCAAAUAUACAAUCCAACGACUUACUCAUGGGAGCCGAACCCCAAUGGAAAGUACGCCUACGGGGCGACGUGCGUGCGCAAUUGUCCGGAGCAUCUGUUGAAAGACAACGGCGCGUGCGUUAGAAGCUGCCCGCCGAACAAGACCGCCGUGAACGGCGAAUGCAUACCGUGCAACGUUACCUGCCCAAAGACGUGUAGGGCGGAGAAACCCAUCCAUUCCGGGAACAUAGACAGUUUCAAAGACUGCACGAUCAUAGACGGUUCGAUACAAAUAUUGGAGAUGACGUUCACGGGCUUCCAGCAUAUCAAUCCGGAUUAUUCGUUCGGCGAUCGCUACCCGAAAAUGGAACCGGACAGCCUGGAAGUGUUCAGCACCGUCCGCGAGGUGACCGGCUACCUGAAUGUGCAGGCGCACCACCCGAACUUUACGAGUCUCUCGUACUUCAGAAAUCUAGAAGUGAUCGGUGGACGCCAAGUUGUCGAAAAUUUAUUCGCUUCAUUGUACAUAGUCAAAACCUCUUUGAGAUCAUUGGGUCUGAAGUCCUUAAAAAGAGUCAAUUCUGGAGCCAUUGCCAUUAUGGAGAAUCGUUACCUAUGCUUCGCUGACAAAAUUGCUUGGAAUAAACUUGGCAAGUCUAAAGACCAUAAGCAAAUCAUACAAAAGAAUGGAGACCCGAAGACUUGUGAAAGUGCAAAUUUGGUGUGUGAUCCGCAAUGCUCUUCGGACGGCUGCUGGGGUCCAGGUCCUGAGCAGUGUCUCUCCUGCGAGAAUUAUAAAUUCGGCGAAACGUGCAUACAGAAUUGCAGUGUACUGCCCGGAUUGUACAAAGCUGGUCCGAAGACGUGCAAGCAAUGUCAUCCAGAGUGCUUAGACGGAUGCACUGGGCCGAGUCGUGCUAAUUGCACGAAAUGCAGACACGUUCGCGACGGCCCCUACUGUGUGGCAGAAUGUCCUGAAUCAAGAUACGCAUCCGAAAACGGGACAUGUGAGGCUUGUCAUUACAAUUGCUACAACGGCUGCACGGGCCCUCUGAAUACGGUUGGUGAAGGAGGUUGCUAUUCCUGCAAGAAAGCUAUCAUUAGCGUAGAAGCUACAGUUGAAAGUUGCCUAAAAGAAAACGAACCAUGCCCGGACGGCUACUAUAACGAAUGGGUAGGUAAUGUCAAACUUCUGGAGGGAAAAGUGAAAGUGGUCUGCAGGAAGUGCCAUCCUUUGUGCAUAAAGUGCACCGGCUUUGGAAUACACGAACAAGUGUGUCAGGUAUGUAAUGGUUUCAAAAGAGGUGAUCAGUGUGAAGACGAAUGUCCCACAGAUCACUUCACUGAUGAAAUCAACAGGAUCUGUACUCCUUGUCACCACGAAUGCCGCGGUUGCACAGGCCCCUCGUCAACCGACUGUGUCAAAUGCCAAAAUCUAAAGAUUUUCUUCGACGAAACGAACUUCGCAGAUCCCAAUCAACCUUUCAACUGCACCGCCGCGUGUCCUCCAGAGAAACCGAAUAAAAUUUAUUUCGAUGAGCUGCUCCAAAACACAAUCGGAGAGCCUUAUUGCUCUGAAUUAGCUAACGGCCCACAUAACACGGCAACUGCUAACAUACCAACAGUUCUCGUAAUAAUAUUGGUGUUAGCUUUCAUAUUGAUCAUGAUCCUUGGUAUCAUAGGAUAUACGUGCAGACAAAAGGCUAAAGCGAAAAAGGAAGCUGUGAAAAUGACAAUGGUGCUAACGGGCUGUGAGGACAACGAACCAUUACGACCGACUAACGUGAAACCGAACCUAGCUAAGCUCAGGAUUGUGAAGGAAGCAGAACUUCGAAGAGGUGGCACACUCGGUUAUGGUGCUUUCGGUGAAGUGUACAAAGGAGUAUGGGUGCCAGAAGGAGAGAAUGUGAAAAUUCCCGUGGCCAUUAAGGUACUCAAAGAGGGUACCGGGGCGAAUACGAGCAAAGAAUUCUUAGAAGAAGCGUAUAUAAUGGCAAGCGUGGAACACCCUAAUCUUCUCCAAUUACUUGCUGUGUGUAUGACUAACCAAAUGAUGCUUAUAACGCAAUUGAUGCCGCUCGGGAACUUGCUUGAUUAUGUCAGAACGCACAAGGAAAAGAUCGGAUCAAAGGCAUUUUUGAAUUGGUGCACGCAAAUAGCACGCGGAAUGGCAUAUUUAGAAGAGAAAAGAUUGGUACAUAGAGAUUUGGCUGCUCGGAACGUUUUAGUCCAGACGCCGAAUUGUGUUAAAAUUACCGAUUUCGGCUUGGCAAAGUUGCUGGAUAUUAACGAAGACGAAUAUAAAGCGGCUGGUGGUAAAAUGCCAAUUAAAUGGCUAGCACUCGAAUGUGUUCUGCACAGGAUAUUUACGCACAAGAGUGAUGUGUGGGCGUUUGGCGUAACUAUAUGGGAAAUAUUGAGUUACGGAGCGAGACCGUAUGCAAAUAUAUCCGCCAGAGAUGUGCCAGAAUUAAUUGAGAAUGGUUUAAAAUUGCCUCAGCCCAAUAUAUGUACCCUGGAUAUUUAUUGCGUGAUGGUUUCCUGUUGGAUGCUAGAUGCUGACAGCAGGCCAACGUUUAAACAGCUUGCCGAGACUUUUGCAGAGAUGGCAAGAGAUCCUGGGCGAUAUCUGGUUAUUCCCGGGGACAAGUUUAUGCGUCUGCCGUCCUACUCCACUCAGGAUGAAAAGGAAAUGAUAAGAAACCUCUCAUCAGCCAUAGAAGGACCCGAGCCCUUGGUCGAAGCUGAUGAAUAUCUCCAGCCAAAACUCAAGGCAGCGCCUGGGGCUGCUACAUCGAACAGUGUAAUUAGCGCUGGAAUCGAAACACACACCGGCUCUUUGAAACCCUGCUCAUCUUCAUGGGCAAACAACGUCGCCGGACAAGAGGGUGCAACAACGGACGGGUCCAACAAACCUGAAAAUUGGGACCGCGAACUACUGAGGUACAACCAGACAAAUCCUGAUGGUGAGCUGAGACAUUAUUUCAACAACCGCGUAUGCGCAUCAGAAGGCUCUAACUCAAGGUACUGCAGUGACCCCAUGAACAGAGACGGCUCGGAGAAUAAUUUCGAUACAAUGUCUAAAAUUAAGGAAGCACAAGUAGGCAAUCUGAAAUUAAAUUUGCCACUUGACGAAGACGACUAUCUGAUGCCCUCUCCGCAACACAAUCAGAAUUCAACCACCUAUAUGGACUUGAUAGGAGACGGAGCAGAGGCACAGGACGUCCAAGACCUGCGCUAUACUGGUUAUGUUAGUUCGAAGAGAUGCGUUGACAACCCUGAAUACUUGAUGUCGGAUCAAAGCGAGCCGGCGCAAACUCUCGGCAUACCGACCGAGGAGCCCGCGCCUUUGGAGUCCCUGGGCACUAGUGAGGGAAGUGUGGGCGAGUCCACGCCGCGGCCGGGGACGAGCAAGUACCUGCCACAGAGGUCGGUCGAGGAGGAAUCAAUGUCCGACCACGAGUACUACAAUGACCUGCAACGCGAACUCCAGCCACUGCGCAGGAACGAGACAACAGUG